AUGGCAAAACGCAAGCACAUCAUCGCACCACGUUCAAUUCCUGACAUAGAGGUCCCCGUUGACGCAGUAACCCAGAGCGAGACGGUCGUCUUACGUCGGUCAGCUCGUGUCAAGAAGAGCGUAACUUACACAGAAGUUACUCUGACUGCCGACGCAGAGGCAAAUGAGGUCGGAGUCGAGAGUCCAUUAACGGAUCUCGAAGAGGCAGAGGAAUCGCCGACGAAGAAGAGAAUGCGGCGCGGGAAGAACGAAGAGCCCGUGGUGUACGACAUCCCUCCAGUAGUGCAAAAAGAGACCGCCUUCAAAGGACGAUUGGGAUAUGCGUGUCUUAACACUAUUCUCCGUGCGCUCAAGCCUAAUCCCGUGUUCUGCUCCCGUACUUGUCGUAUGGAGACCAUCCGCAAAAAUGGUCUACAAUAUGCUAAGGAUCUUGGCCUGCAAAACUCCAGGGACCUCAUCAAAAUUAUACAGUGGAAUGAGGAUAAUAAUAUUCGAUUUUUCCGAGUGUCCUCCGAAAUGUUUCCCUUCGCAUCACAUAGUAUACACGGCUAUUCUCUCGAAUAUGCUGCUAAAGAACUCAAGGCUGCAGGAGACUUGGCGAAGCGCUUCGGUCAUCGAUUGACUGCACAUCCAGGCCAAUUCACGCAGCUUGCGUCACCGCAUGAGAACGUUAUCACGGCGUCCGUGCGCGAGCUAGACUACCACUGCCAGAUGUUGCGGUACAUGGAACUCGACAAAGACAGCGUGAUCAUCUUGCACAUGGGGGGCGUCUACGGCGACAAGCCCGCGACGCUCGAACGCUUCCGCGAGACGUUCCGCACGCGGCUCACGCAGGAGAUGCGCGACAGGAUAGUGCUCGAGAACGACGAGAUGUGCUACAGCGCGGACGAGCUCCUCCCGGUCUGCCGCGAGCUAGAGAUCCCGCUCGUGUUCGACUACCACCACAACUGGAUCAACCCGAGUACACACCCGCUCGCUGAGCUCCUCCCGCAGAUCUUAGCGACGUGGGCACCGCGCGGUAUCCGCCCGAAGCAGCACCUCUCCGAACCGCGCCCAGGCGCACAAACCGUGAUGGAGAAGCGCGCACAUGCAGACCGCUGCGCAGGCCUACCUUUAGACUUGCCAGUCGACAUGGAUCUAAUGAUCGAGGCAAAGGACAAAGAGCAGGCGGUUCUGCAUCUGUACAGGAUCUACUCCCUAGCAUCCGUCAUACAUGAGAACCUCCGCCCGGAGAAGCCCCCGAAGCCGUUCGUACGCCGCGGUGAUUCGUCCGCGAACGUUGACCCUAACGCUGACUCUGACGUGGCCUUGGGGAUCGAUGCAGAGCCAGAAGUCACCGCGGGCGUCGAUGCCGAGCCUGGCACUGUCACUGUAGACGAACCCCCCCUCAUGGAGGGUGCAGCCAAUGCCGAUGCGUCCACCGUGCUGCCUGUUCUCCGCAAGAGAAAGCGUGCUGCGAAUUCGCGUGUUGUGGCUUUGGAAGCCCUAGAGACAGAUAGCAGUGAGAUGGCCGAAGUGGUCGGUUUGCAUGUAAAUUGA